AGCCAUAUAGGGGAAUUAGUUAUCAAACAUGGUCCGCAUGCACGGUAACGGCCGCGGCAAGGCGUCUUCUGCCCUGCCCUUCCGCCGCACUCCGCCGUCGUGGCUCAAGGUUGCGAGCCGCAACGUUGUGAAGAUGGUGUGCAAGAGCUCCCGCAAGGGUAUGAUGCCGAGCCAGAUCGGCAUGGAGCUUCGUGAUUCGAUGGGUAUUGCCCAGGUGAAGAACGUGACGGGUCGCAAGAUCCUGCGCAUCCUCAAGCACAACGGCCUCGCCCCGGAGAUCCCGGAGGACCUGUACUUCCUGGUCAAGCGCGCCACCGAGAUGCGCAAGCACCUGGAGCGCCACACCACCGACCGCGACACCAAGUACCGCCUGAUCCUCGUGGAGUCCCGCAUCCACCGCCUGGCCCGCUACUACAAGCGCGUCAAGCAGCUGCCCCCCACCUGGAAGUACGAGUCCGGCGCCGCGGCCACCGCGUAAGGUAGCACGUAGCUGCCGUUCGCGCUUCCCGUACCGUGAUCGGUGGCGGUCUCUUUCCUUGUCACAUGGCUACUUUCUUUUCUUGCUUCAUUUUCUUUUCAUGUGUGCCUGGACUUCUUGUUGAUUUCUUCACGGACGCAAGGGUCUAGCGAAGAGUUUCUUUGUCGGACCAUUGCCGCCUGUGAAGGACAUGAAUACAGCGAUGAAC